AUGCCCCCCUCAAAUGGCAGGAUGCGCACCCACCGUCUGAUCCUCCUGCUCGCCAUCGUCCUCCUCGCGUGUCUCUCGCUCGUCCUCCUCCGUCCCAAGUCCGAGUCAACUGCCGAACAUGAACCGCUAGACCUCCCUCCCCCCGAGCCCAUCAGACACCAUCAACUUCAUUCGGGCCAGACCUCCUACCCACCUGAAAAGGUGCACCCGGUUUCCAGACUGGUCCAGGAUGCGCAGCAGCAGUUCGACAAUGUAAAGACCCGGCAAUCGAAAACCCUGGCCGAGGCGGUCCAGGAGUACCAGCGCCGCUACAAGAUGCACCCGCCGCCGCAUUUCGACAAGUGGUUCCAGUUCGCCCAGGCCAAAGGUGUGAAACUCGUUGAUGAGUUUGACUCGAUCUACCACUCCCUGUUGCCAUUCUGGGCCGUGAAGCCAGCGACUAUUCGCGCCCGCGCUCGCGAGACUCUGGGAUUUGAAAAUGCGGUGAUUGGACUGCUGAUUCGCGAUGGCAAGGUGACUCUGGCGGAAGGUGGUGGUGAUGGUCGCAAAUGGCAGCGCGAGGCCACGGUCGGCAUGAUGGACAAGUUUGUCAAAUAUCUACCGGACAUGGAUUUGGUUUUCAACACCCAUGACGAGCCCCGUGUGGUGAUCCCUGGCGACGACCUACAGCGUCUGGUGCAGACUGCAACGGACCAUGCCAUCCCCGCUGCCUUUAACCGGAAGUCUGCGACCAAUGGAUGGUCCCCUCGCGCCCCUGACUUGAACAAGGGCGAUCGCAUCGACGAGGUGCGGACCACUCGCUUUAACCGAUUCGCCCACCAGCCGACCUGGACCAACUCUCGGCUCUCUUGCCCCGUCGAUAGCCCUUCCCGAUCUCUUGAUGAAGAUGCCGAGGAUAAUGACGCACCCUAUGCGUAUGGGGAAUUGGGCUUCAUCUACAAUACCACCGCUUUCUCCGAUAUCUGCCACACUCCAUCCCUUCGAUACACAUACGGCUUUUUCGAUCGUCCAAAUGCGUUCGAUGUUGUCCACGACCUGUUCCCGGUGUUCUCGCAAAGCAAGAUCUCUAGCUUCCAGGAUAUCCUCUACCCUAGUCCAUGGUACUGGGCAGACAAGGUUCCCUACGAACAAUCCAAGGACUAUAGCUGGGACGCCAAAUCCGACCGCAUGUACUGGCGCGGGACCACAACCGGUGGCUUUUCACGUGCGGGGGCUGGCGCCGCCAACAUCGCCAACAGUUCGUGGACAAUGGUUCUCACGCAACAGCAAGACGACGCCUGGGUCUCACAGAACGUCACCCGGGAUUCGUACCGCGAUUCAUUCGAUGUCAAGUUCACGAUGAUCGGCCAAUGUGAUCCUGAUGACUGCCACGCACAACAAGAAUAUUUUGAGGUUGUCGAGGCUGCUAAACAGCAGGAUGCAUGGGCACAUAAGUACCUGGUUGACAUUGACGGAAACGCUUUCAGUGGUCGGUUCUACGCUUUCCUUCAUAGUAAUAGCUUCGUCUACAAGAUUGCCAUCUUCCGCGAGUGGCACGACGAAUGGCUCAAACCGUGGGUGCAUUAUGUGCCGCUCAGUCUGAGGGGCAAUGAGUAUGUGGAGAGCAUGAGAUACUUCACCACGGAGGAAGAGGGUAGGAAGGCAGCCCCUCGGAUUGCCACUCAGGGCCAGCAGUGGGCGCAGCAAGUAUUGCGGAAUGAGGACCUCGAGGUCUGGUUUUUCCGUCUCCUUCUGGAAUAUGGCCGCCUAGUCGACGACAACCGCGAUCAAAUAGGCUUCACGCUUUGA